AUGGUAGCUAGCUCAUUAGGUAACCCGGGUCUUGCUGGUUUUGGAGGGGUUCUUUGGGAAUGGAUGCGUAAUGUGAUCUUCUCCCAUGCAGGGCCACUUAGGGUGCGGACUACGAAUUAUACAGAGAUCUUUGCCGUUCUCUUUGGCCUUCGUUCCCUUGUGGAGAGGAAUUUUCGUUCCCUUGUGGAGAGGAAUUUAGGGACUUCUUACAUUAUUGAAGGGGAUUUCCUCAAUGUUGUGAAAUGGUUUGAGAAAGUUGAAGGGUUAGAGAUCAAUGGUGGGGUAUUGGAUGGAAAGGGAGCCCGCUAUUGGCGUUGCAAGGAAGAUGAUGGAGAUUGCCCUAUAGGCGCAAAAGAUGAAGGAGAAUCUUUGAGGUCUGAAAAACUGGAGCUGGAGGAGAAGCUGGAGGACGAGCAAGAUGAUCUCGUCGAGGUGCUGAAUAAUCUUGAAGUGGAAAAUGAUAACAGGGAUGAGGCAAAAGUUGAUGAUGAGGAUGAGGUGGAGGAUGACAAGGAGGAUGAUGACAAGGAUGAGAUGGAGGAUGAAGCAGCGGAUGACGAGGCAGAGAAUGAUGAUGAUGAGGUGAAGGAUGGUAAGGAGGAUGAUGACAAGGAUGAGAUGGAGGAUGAAGCUGUAGAUGACGAGGAUGAGGACGAGCAAGAAGAUCCUGCCGAGAUGCUGAAAAAUCUGGAGGUGGAAAAUGAUAGCGAAGACGAGGCGAAGGAUGAUGAUGAGGAUGAGGUGGAGGAUGACAAGGAUGAGAUGGAGGAUGAGGAAGACAAAGCAGCGGAUGAUGAGGCAGAUGAUAAUGAUGAGGAUGAGGUGGAGGAUGACAAGGAGGACGAUGACAAGGAUGAGAUGGAGGAUGAUGAUGAUGAGCUAUGA